CGGCGCAGAACUAGCCCUGGACUGGAGUCUUUCUUGGGAAGAUGUCUCGCGUUGACCUUAAAAAGCUGUCCGUGUGCACUAGCGACCCCUUAAGCCAGGAGACGGUGGGCCAUGCCCUGUCAGUGUUCGGUAACCUAGUGAAGUCGUGCUACGGCCCUACUGGGCGGCUGAAGCAGCUUCACAACGGUAUGGGUGGCUACGUCCGCACAACCUCCCACUCUUCAUCCUUGCUCGGUUCCCUCUGCGUCACCCACCCCGUCUUGAAGCUCCUGACGGCCUCAGUGCAGAAUCACGUCUCUCGCUUCGGAGACGGGGGACUGUUCACGGCUGUUCUCUGCUGCGGCUUGUUGGGGAAACUGAGAGGCCUAAACGUGGCCUCUCACACGCGUGGCAGAAUCUGCCAGCACCUUUUGAGCCAGUGCCUCAGCUAUCUCGCUUCCGAAGCGUGCGGCUGUAAAAUACCGGUGGAUUUUAGCAGUUCUAAGAGUCUCCUUGAUUUGGUCCGUAGCGUAUUAACCAGCAAGCGGGGGUGCAUGCUGAGCAGAAAGGAGGCCGAGCACGUUGGCGCGUUGGUAUUGAAGGCCUUUUUGCUCACCGUUCCGCAGGAGGGCGGGGCCAGCGUCGCUGGAUUCGGAAAAUGUCUCUAUGUAGCUCUGAAAGAUAAGAGAGUUACGGAUUCCAGCGUCUGUCCUGGGAUCCUGAUCGAAAUCCCCGAAUUCCACCUGGCCAGAAUGCUCCCAGGCAGAAGAACGACUCAGAGCCCGGUCAGAACAGCCCUUUUCUCUGUGUCUCUCUCUGGAGAUGUUUGUAGCACCGGUGAAGGAGCCGUCAGCAUCCACCGCAGAGUUUCCCUAGAAGCAGCCGUCUUGGGUCAGCUGCUUAGUUUGGGCCAGCGGAUGGUCAAGGAUGGGGUGGGCCUGGUGAUUUGUCAGAAGGUCAUCCAUCCGGCCUUGAAACAAUAUUUGAAGGAGAACCGAGUGAUUGCGGUAGAAAGAGUCGGAGGAGCCGUGAUGGAGUCCCUGCGAGAAGUUACAGGAUCCCGGGCGAUUCCGUCCCUCCAGUCCCUCUCCCCAGCUUGCUACGGCAGCCUGAAGGACUUGCAGACUCGGUAUUUUGCCCCCAAAUGGUUCCUGCACCUCCUGCCGGAAGACUCGGCCGUCUGCAGCCUGGUGCUUUGUAACCGGAGUGAAACAGCGUGGGAGGAGCUGAAGCUCGCUUGUCAGACAGCAGAACGUGUUUUGCAGCUGACCGUCAAGGAUCCCUGGGUCUUGCUGGGAGGAGGCUGCACGGAAACACACCUGUCCUCCUACCUGCGGCACAAGAAUGUUGAUGUCCCGCAAAGCACCUUGGAAGACCUCGGUUGUUCCCUGUCAGAGUUCCAGUUGGUGGCCGACUCUUUCUGCCACUCGCUAGGGUCCGUAGCUUGCAGUCUGGAGCACGACAGCGGCGAAAUCCUCACCGAUACAACUUGGGGCCACUCGUGGUCUGUUCCUCCAGAUGUUCCGGGCAACUCUGCCUGGUCAGACUUUGCUUCGAAGUGUGGCUGUGGCCUUUGUGGCAACCAAGAAGGCCUCCAGUGGAGGGUGCUUCAGAGUCCGUCUUGCCCUUUCCCACCCCAAAGUUGUGUUAGUGAGUCUUGCGUAACCUCCGCUGACGACCCUGUUCUGGAUUGCUUCGCUGCCAAAUGCAAUGGUUUGCGAGUUGCGGUGGAGACGGCCUGCCUGCUUUUGAAUCUAUCAUUUAUAGUUGAAGAUCAUAAUUAG